GUACCAGGUUUCGUGACAAAAUUUUACUACAAACUAACCCGACUACUACUUACCAAGCGGCUAACGAUGUUCAAGACGAUACAGGAAAACAAGAAAAGAACGAUGCUACUAAUGAAGAUAAUUCUGCCAAACAAGCUUUAUUCAAAGCCCUACUUUAG